ACGUACUCUCUCUCUCUCUCGCUCUCUCUCACAGCUAUGACACUUAGGAUGGUGGAAAAAUGCACGUAUUCAGUCUAAGCUGCGCCUGCCUGAAGUCACAAAAGAGUACUAGGAAGAGUAGAGGUGAGGAGAUGAGGUGAGGAGUGUAUUAUCUGCCGAUAACAAUCAGAAGAAGAAUGACCGCGAGCUCCCAACUGAAAAUCUUCCUCCAGGUCCUUUUGUGGCUUUGCUUUGAGCAGGUGUUGCAGGAUGUGGCUGAAGGCUUAAGUCCAGCUCCUCAGAACACCGACCCACUAGUUUCCAAUGCAAACCUGAUCUAUGAGCUUUUGCUGGGUGGGGUGGAGCUCGAUCAGGACAACAACAUCGUCCUGCUCGAUGAGGAGAUGGCGUCGAUGAGGCAGGGGCGAGCUUUUCUGUCUCUGAUCAAUGACAAUGUUCCCAGAAGUCUGAGCUCCAUGGAGCAGAUGGCAGAUGCACUCGAGGGCCAGAGGAGCAGACCGAUGAUGGAGCGGCAGUUUGAAAAUGUCGUGCUGAGCAUGGUGUACACUGCGCAUCAGGCUUGGCACGAGAAGAGGAAAGAGAGACAGGAAGCUUGGGGUGAAGUUCUCCUCAAGCUGGCAAACAUCACGGUACACGAACUCCGAGGGAAUCAUCUCUUCAGAUAUUCUUAAAAUAAAGUUGCAUGCAAUUAA